UCCGCGUAGAAAUCGAGCGACAUGGUGAUCGCUGAUAAACGGAGAUCUCUGAUAGUCUCUACGGCGGGGCACUUCUUCAACACGUCCGUGCGACCUGAUGGAGAGGAUAUUGAGGAUCAGGAAAUCCUUGACCGUUUCCUGGAGCAGUCGUCAUGUAGAACUCUGUGUGCCAGGCCGAUCGACGCGGACCGGAAGAAAGCCCGCUUAAAAUUAAGCACCGAUCUGUCGACUGGUAAAAACACGCUGGUCUUCUUUAAGGUGACAGCGGCGGUGGUUACCGAGGAGAACUUUCACGAUGUGGUCCAAGUGGCCUCCACCGGUUGCGGGGAUGGAUCGGUAUUGAUCGAGGGCCUCCGACAGGUAUGGGCGCCGACCCUUCGAUCGUCCGGAUUAAGUACGUCAUGUCUGAAGAAAUUGGAGGAGAAGCUACUUAGUUCCGGAUUUUCGACCACCGUCACAGAAGAGGAGGAGUUUUGGAGGAAGAGACGGGACGAGGUGAAACGCUCGCAUGAGAAAACGAUCUGCGAGGAUGCUGAAAAAUCGGUGAAGAACAUCAGAGUCGAGCUUGAGAAUGCUGCCGUAUCGAGAGAUGGAUUAAUUGCUGUAGAAGAGGCUUGCGAGGCCAUUUCCGUAUUUGUGGAUGAUUUGUGGAAACUAGGGGGACCUGCGUAUACAGAAGACCGAAUGAAAUCGUUUCUCGAUGUGAUCGGCAACGAAUUAGUACAAUUGAUACAGAAUUAUAUCGGCGCAGUUGAUGCGACGGAUACACGUGCAAAGGACGAAAUGGUUGUACUUGGAGCGACAAUAUGCGAGAAAUGGGUGAACGCUACGCAUAAACUGACGGAGCUUUUCUGGCCACAUCAUUCGCUUCAUCCUUGGCGUGGCGCGAUCUUCGUACCCGGAAAAUGCUCAAAGCUUGGCAAAAACCUCAGACAAUUGUCCGAGCUGCGUGCACAGCAUCGUCAAUUGAGCAGACUUCUAACUCCGAAUGAAAGAUCUGGACUCGGUAUCGAUAAAUUGCUCCAAAUCUUCGAUGACACGAAAGUUGUGUUGGGAGAUGACGAGAGAGAUGACGAGUGGGACAGAUUGAGACGCAAAAUUGAGGAAGGCCUGGUGCCAGCUGAGGAACGUGUUGCUCAAAAGCUGAAAAAUCACAUUGCUGACACGACUACUCCGAAUGCUUUGGUAGCCGAAUUUGGAAAGUACAGCGAACUAAUGAAGAGAGAAGGACUUAAAAGAGAAUUGCGCGGAGAACGAGAAUCGCUGCUCACGGUGUAUCCUGAUCUAAUCGAGAAUCGCUUGGCUGGUCCCGAUACGGAAAAUCUUUUGGACGCUCCCAAAGUGCUACAAGAGGUUCAAGCUGCCAGAUCUUCGGAAGUACGGCUUGAGAGCCUGGCUAAAUUAGGAAAAGAGCUGCUUGCUGAUCUGCCGGGAUACGAGGAUGUGGCGACGCGGCUAUCGAGUGCUUUGAAAGAAGCCGAAGAAAGAAAACGGGAUUUGGUUGAAACAUGGAUAGACAACACCAAAAAUGAUAUAGACAGAAAGGAAUUAACUUUGGGCACCGAUUCACCAGUUGUUGAGCUUACCGGUACCAGUAUGAUGCGAGUGACAUAUGAUCCUCGAUUGAUGACUCUGAUCAGAGAAGCCAGAGCGUUGUCCGGCGAGGGGAUCGAACUGCCGAGAGAGAUUAGAGACCUAGUGGAAAGAGCCGCGUCUUUAGCAGGGCGAGCUAGAGCUCUUCAGCAAGUCGCUACCUUUCAUAACACGAUUGGCGAUCGUAUGGUACCCUCCCAAAGACCGCUUAUGCUGGCGAUAGCCCUUGAAUUGGCGCGAGCCGUUCAGCAGCAAUCGGGUGUUGUUUGGUCCGACCCUCAUCUGGUCGAUGUGUAUACUGCUCGAUUGAAAGAGUUGGUGGUAAAAUUCGCACGACAAAACUCGGAAUUGAUCUCGAAGCACACUACGUUGCGGGACUACGUGUCAAAUCUGUUGAAAGGUGAUGCUGUGCAUCUGGUCGGAAAUCAAAAUAUAUGGAAGGAGACGCUAAUAAACAUGAGAGCGAUCGUCGACGCGGUGGAUUCUGAGUACGGUAAUGCGAAGGCUUGGAAGCUGCAUUGGGAUCGGCAACUCUUGAAGGCGUUAGGUAUUGCAUACAGAAAUGCUUUGCCAUCCUUGUCGAGAAAACUGCCUGAGAUUCGUGUGGAACUCACCUUCCGGGACGGAUCCUUACAAUGGAGACCACCGCUCGAGGACAUUCGCGCGAAGUUAUACUCCGCUAUACGCCGGUCGUUGUCCAUUCCGAUGAAUUUCCGAGGUGUAGGAGACGUCGCUGAUGCACACUUUGGCGAUUUGGUACAGAAGAAUGCUUAUCUUUUCAGCGGCGUUUACAAACAAAUCGAGAUUGCAUUGUCCACUCUCGAAUUAUUCAGGACCAAGUGGCUAAAUCUAGCAACGCCGGCUAAUAUAAAUAUUAAGGAAUGGUUGAAAGGUAAAUCUCCUCAGGAAUGGGCGAAAGCUUUCAAGGAGGCCAAGCAAUGGGCUCAAGAGGUUGGAAAGUUACGAGGUUGUGACGUCAAAAUCUUAUGCAUAUGCGUCGACACUGCAACGACGAGGAACGAUUUAGAGACCGCAUCCCGCCACUAUUGGGAACGCCUGUGCUCCGAUUUAAGAGCGGAAGCGUCUUCGCGGCUGGUAGCCGUUGUGGAUUUCCUAUCUUUCGCGUCUAAGGAACUUGAACGUAGACCACGCGAUGUGGAAGAGGUCGGACUAGUUCACGAAGCUCACGCCCGUAUCGAACAACAAUCGGCUAGCAUUGCUGAAGAGAUGGAGGCUGUUGCUGUGCUCGCCAAAGUUAUGGCUGCAUGGACUAGUGAAAAACUCGACGGUGUUAACGCGGCUUACGCCGCUUGGCAGGACUUGGGAGAUCGUUUGGAAAAGCACAAGGCUGUUAUGGCACGUCUAUUGGAGGAUGCGAAAGUUAAUCUUCGUCAUAGAGCGAUAGCUCUGAGAGAUGAAAGAGAAAGAUGGCAAGCGAAAUGGUCUACGAGAUCGGAGAACCUCACACUUGACUGGUUGAUCUCGAUGAAGGAACGUUGGAUCAAUUUAAAUGGACAGAUGGAUUCUUUGAAAGCAGAUUGCAAAAGAAUAUCCCUGGAUCUCGAAAAUGUCCUGGAAGACGAGGAUAUUAAUAUGUCGCAAUUUGAACGGGAGUUAGAGACCGAGGAGUCAAAUUUCAGAUUUCAGUCUGAGUUUUUGGAGGAGCUGAAAAAUCAGGAAACUGAAGAAUGGUCCGUGGCGAGAAGAAGAUUGCCGAGACUCCACGACUGGCUUGAUUCUUGGCAAAAUAAGAUUCGUUUGCAGGAUAACAUGGAGGCUGAUACCUUCGUCGGGAAGAAGAUUAAUGAAAUCAGAUCUACGAUCGAAACUAUUCAACUGCUACGUGGAGACGAGAUUGCCGACGAACACUGGACAGAAUUAAUUCCUAUACUAGGCUUGAAAGUCGAAAAUCCACGAGAUAUUACUUUAGGUCACUUGCUCGCUUGCGCAAAAAUGUUGAAAGAAAAUGAGAACCAAGUGAAGGAAAUAACGAAACGAGCAGUCGCAGAGAGCGGGAUUCGACAAGCGUUAAUGGAUCUGGAGAUUUGGGAGAAUACAGCGUCGCUUCCGUUACAAGAAUCCACUGACAGCAAGAAUAUCGCAAUCUUACUCGUAGGAGAUUACGGAAGUUUGUUAACGAAAAUAGAGGAAUUAAGGCUCUUGCUGGAAGGAACGAAAGGUACAUCAGGGCACGACAGAUUUGCAUCCAGAGUAGCACGCUCCGAAGCAUCCCUAUUAGAACUUGAAGAAAGAAUUAAAGUUCUUAGCACUGUCCAGAGGAAAUGGAUCUAUCUGGAUCCUGUCUACGGGAGUGGAGCAGCUCCUAGUGACUCUGGACGAUGGUCAAGGGCUGAUAAGGAAUUUAGGUAUCUUAUAGGAGAAGUAUCUCGAGAUCCUAGAGUACUAUCCUUGAGAGGACUUUCUUUACCAACUUUAGUAAAUUUAAAGGAUCUGCUGGACAGGUGUCAGAAAAGUUUGGAUGAAUUUUUAGAGGAGAAACGAGCAGCUUAUCCAAGAUUAUACUUCCUCAGCGACGAGGAUCUUUUAGAAUUGGUAUCAGGCAGCGGAAGAGGUUUAGAAGCUCAUCUACCAAAGCUGUUUCACGGUGUGGGUUCAGUAGAAAAAGAGAAUAAUACAUUGACGGCGAUAAUAUCACCUGAAGGAGAAAUACUAAAACUAGUAGAAGCUAUUGAUCUCACUGAACCACUACCACGAUGGUUGCAUAAUCUUGAGAAUGGAAUAAAAAAUACUCUUCGUCAGAAUCUAGAGAAAUGUUUAAACGAUUCCGCGCCUGAUCCGUCCGUUUAUCCUACACAAAUAUUACUACUAACGGGAAGGAUAGCUUUCACCGAGCGCUGCGAAUAUGCUUUAAAAGAAGGUCAAGCAGCUUUGCAGAAAUUUGUUGAAUUUCUGGAAACGCAGAGAGCAAGAUAUAGAGGAUUGGAGGAUGCUGGCGACAAAUUGACUGCGCUGAAAGCUCGCGGUCUUCUUUUGGACACCGUUCAUCACUUGCAGGUGGCUAGAAUGUUAUUGAAAAUCGUUGCAACUGGCGAGAAUGCCGGUUGGAUGUGGUAUAGACAAUUGAGGAGCUAUAGAACAAAUCAAGGUGCAUGCAUAGUACGAUGUGCCGGUGCAGAGUUACCGUAUCGCUUCGAGUAUCAAGGAGCGUCUGUUGGCUUAGUGAGAACACCCUUGACGGAAAGAUGUUUCUUGGCUCUCACGCAAGCUAUGAAGCUCGGCUUGGGUGGAAGUCCGACCGGUCCCGCCGGAACUGGGAAGACCGAGAGCGUCAAAGCGUUAGCAUCUAUCUUGGGUAGACUAGUCCUCGUUUUCAAUUGCGAUGAAGGAAUGGAUACCGGCAGCAUGAAACGCAUCUUAGGUGGCCUAGCACAAGCUGGUGCCUGGGGCUGCUUCGAUGAAUUUAACCGCCUCGAGGAAGACACCCUGAGUGCGGUAGCGAUGCUGGUGGGACCACUUCAGGAAGCACUUCGCAACGGUUCAUCCGAUAUCUCGCUGGGUGAUCAGAAGAUCAAGUUGGAUCCGCAUUGCUGCAUCUUCAUCACGAUGAAUCCAGCUGGUGUCGAGUACGGAGGCAGGCACAAACUGCCGGAUUCCUUGGCGAGGCUGUUCAGACCUAUUAGCAUGGCACAUCCGGACAAGUCAGACAUCGUUAGAACUUUGCUGGAGUGUGCCGGCUUUGUGGAAGCGACCACUCUCGGCAAACGACUUGUGGAAGCCCUCGACAUUGCUGGAACCAUGCUCUCCGAACAGCCACAUUACGAUUGGGGUCUUAGGGCGCUCAAAUCAGUGCUCGACACGUUACAUCCAAUUGCUAAUGUCGAUGAGACCACCAGACUUCUCAUUUCAAUCAAGGCAUCGACCCUUCCAAAGCUGACGGAGGCAGAUACGACGAAAUUUUUGUCGCUGUUAGACGAUCUCUUUCCAAAGACCGAUCCAUCCUUGUCUGAUUUUAUGGAAAACGAAAAUUUGCCCGUCACGUUAUUGAAGAUCUGCGAGGAUCGAGGACUGACGAAGGAGAUUGCCAACAGAUGCGUUCAGUUGAAUGACCUGUUACAAAGCAGAACUGGUGUUGCCAUAGUGGGUCCACCGGGUAGUGGGAAAACAUUGAUUAGAUCGUGCUUGGCCGAAGCGUUGGCGAAGAUUGGUGAAUCUGUGCAACAGAUCGCCGUUUAUCCUGGCGCGGUACCAAAGAGUAGAUUACUAGGACAAGUAAAUCCACGAACGAGGGAGUGGAAGGAGGGCGUUCUGUCGAGUGCUGUAACAUCUGCUGGAAACUCCGGGACCUGGAUCAUUUGCAACGGGGAUGUUGAACCAGAAUGGGCGGAAGCAUUGAACUCAGCCCUGGACGACAAUCGACUGUUGACGUUACCCAAUGGAAUAGGAAUUAAACUUGGCAGCGACACGAGGUUUAUUUUUGAGACCCACAAGCUCGCCGGUGCCAGUCCGGCGACGGUUUCGCGAUUGGGCGUUCUGCAUCUUGGAUCGACGAGAUCAACGUCCUUGCUGGUGCCACGGCGAUUAGAAGAGUUCUCUUCAACGGCCGCGGAGAUCACGAACGCCCAUUUGUGCUCAUGCAUCGACGAAACCCUGAAAAUAAAUACCGAAGGCUCGUCCGCAUCCGGUUUGAUGGCUGCCGCGUUCUGUCAUCUUCGUAAAGCACAAACGUUUGCUCAAACCACUCAAGCUCUUCUAGCCUCGCUGUGCGGCCAAAUCAAAGAUCCGCAAUCUAGAGACGACCUCGCGAAGAUUAUCUAUGGAUCGACUGAUAGUUGGUGUCCUGAUCCACAAAAGCCAAACGCUGUUCUGUAUGACAGUGAAACUGACCGACUCGUAUCCUUCAACAAUACGUACGAGUCUGUUGACACUGAUGAUGGUCCCAUUUCAAUUUCAGAUCGCCUUAAGAAAGCAUCAGCAGCUAUUCUGCCCUGGAUAGAAGAUGGUCAUCCGAUUAUGAUCCGCGGCCCGGAAGCUUGUGGAAAAAGUGCCUUGAUCAACGUUGCGUUAUCGAGAAUUAAGAAUUCCGAUACCGUAACCAUAGUGAGAGGAUCUUCGUUUUACGGUCCAGAUGAUCUCAGUCUUCGUUUGAAAAAAGCUUGCUUACGUUUGGAGUCUUCUUCGCAGGGAAGAAUGUAUAAACCGAGAAGUGGCUCUCGUUUGCUUCUUAUCUUGGAAGAUAUGCAUCUCGCUGCUAAAGAUUUACAGGAAUUGGUGAGAGAAUUACUUCAAGAAGAAGGAUUCCUCGAGGAUGAUCUUGUAUUUUCUAAAGUGUCCUUAACGAUCAUAUGCACUGCCGAUGUGUCCACUCGAUUGCACCCACGACUUGAAGCCUUAUUUGCAACUUAUUAUCUAGAACAUCCAAGUCAAAGAGAUGUUGCAGCAAUCCUCGAGCUCCAUUUAAGAACUUCAUUAAAGCAAGUUGACUUUGUUAUGGCGGAAUCUUGGAUCGUCCGAAUGCAGCCUAGCAUUUUGGAAGCUUUUCGAUUUGCGUGUUCCGCUCAAGAAUCCUCUCUUGCAUGGACUCUCAAGGAUGUUAUCUCGUGGGCAAGACGCUUGAAAUAUUAUCCUAUACCCGAAAGCGAAGUGGAUAUUACUCGUCAGUUGUUAGAUAUCGGACAUCGGCUAUUUCGUGCGAGACUGACGCCCAAGGCAUUGACACGAUGGAAAUCCUUAUUAACUUCAAAAGACUCUGAAAUAAAGGACUUCAAAAACGACAUAUAUGUGUGGAAGAGCGCAAACAUUGGAUUGUAUCCUAUGAGUAGAGAACAAUGGAGAGAAGAGAUCAUCAAUGCAGCUGCCAAAUGUGCGAGAGAAGGUCAACCGAUACAAGCACCGAUUUCAUCUUACUUUUUGGAGACAGUAGCUGGACUGUGUUGGGCAGUAGGAUGCAAUUUUCGCGGCAUGAUUCUCGUUGGACGACCAGGAGCGGGCAGGAGGUCGGCAGUUAAACUGGCCGCAACCUUCUCUUCCCUUCGACUGAUCGAUUCAGGACCUGGACGCGGUAAAGCAGCGAUAAAGAGUGCGGUGCAAGCUGCGGGCAUUGAGAAUCAACCCACUCUGCUUCUGUUGGAAGAACAUCACGCCAGAGAAGACACUCUGGUCGUAUUGGUGAGCGCUAUAGUGUCCAGAGGGGAAGUUCCGGGUCUCUUCACGACGGAGGAACUCGACGCGUUAGUCGCACCGCUAGCCGACAUGGCUCAAAGAGAAGAUUUUCAAGGAACAUUGGAGCAGUAUUUGUACCAUCGUCUGCGCAAGUAUCUGCGAAUAGUAGUGAUCAUGGAUACGGAAGAGAUCGAGUUAUCGUAUUUGUUGCACUUGGGUCUGCUUCGGUAUUGUGUGCUGCUCGGAUCUGGACCUGGUUCCGACGAAUGGUGGUCCCGGGAGAGUUCACUGAUCAAGUUAGCGAUUCAGGAAGGCACUCUGCAGAUAAAUGAGUUCGAGGAGCUUCCGGCUGGCGCGAAAGUGAUAAUUGGAGCUCAUUUGCAGGCGCCGCGCCAUCAGAGAGCACCUGCAAGGUUCCUCGCUCUGAUGCACACCUGGAGGCACCUCCGCGACACGUGGAGCAAAGAGGUCGAAAAGAAAUUGCAAUCUCUCGAAGCCGGUAUCGGGAAGCUCAGGGAAGCCGGCGGACAGGUCGCCAAGUUGGAGGACGACGUGUCUAGGCAACGUCAAGAACUUGAGGUGGAGAAGGGCCGGGCUAAUGCUGCUCUGGAGCAAAUCACUGCUACCAUGAGAGGAGCGACCACUCAAAGGGGAGAGAUGACAAGCUUAAAGGCCACCACGGAACGCGAGAGUACCGAAGUUGCGCGGCGUAAGAGGGACAUAGAGGCAGAAUUAGGCAAGGUUGAGCCUCUAGUGGAACAAGCUGCUCAAGCAGUGGCUGGCAUAAGUGCCGACGCGUUGGCUGAAGUUCGUUCAUUGAGAGCACCGCCAGCGCCAGUCAGAGACGUGCUCGAGGGUGUUCUUCGGCUAAUGGGCAUAAAGGAUACAUCUUGGAACAGCAUGAAGACUUUCCUUGCUAAGCGUGGUGUCAAAGACGAAAUCAGAAAUUGGGAUGCAAGGCGCAGCACAUCUGCCAGUUUGGAGGCGGUUGCCAAGCUAGUGAAAGAACGUCCAGAAAGCUUCGAAGAGAAAACGGCGAAGAGGGCAUCAGUAGCGGCCGCCCCAUUAGCCGCUUGGGUUCUUGCUAAUCUUCAGUAUGGUCAAAUAUUGCAGCAAGUUGCUCCGCUGGAACGGGAACAGCGACAAUUGGCUGAGCGAUUAACGGCGGCCGAGACACAGUUGGAAAAAUUGGCAACUGGAUUAAACACAGUAGAAAGUCGCGUGGCGCAGCUUCAGAAGGAACUUGCCGAGCACACAAGAGGUGCAGCUGAACUGCAGCUGCGAACUGAAUCUACCGAGUCUAGUCUCUCGACGGCGCGAGCUCUCUUGCAAAAGCUCGACACCGAACAUCGCGAUUGGCAAGCUCAGUUAGAGGAGCUAACUGCCAGGAAAGAAAGAUUGGACGUCGAAGCCGCCAAUGCCGCUGCUCUGCUUAUAUAUCAGGAUCCCGAGAGGGAUGACGAUUGGAAGAUAUCGGUGACGAAGUCACUGAUAACUGAGCGCGAGAGAUUAUUGUGGAGAGCACAGGGUUUGCCAGCAGAUACAAGCAGUUUAAUCGCGGCAUCUCGCGUAUUGAAAGGACCUUUGGUUUCUAUCUUCCUUGAUCCUUCGGGAGUGGCUGUAUCUUGGAUUAAACGUAGUUUUGCCUCUAGACUCGAGAUUACUCAUCCUGAAGAUUCCAAGUUCCUAACGACUUUGGAACUCGCUGUGCGUUUCGGGAAAGCUCUUUUGAUCGAGGAGUUGGUGGAAUUUCCGUCAAUAUUGUUACCGGUUAUUCGCCAAAAGCCACUCAGGUUGGGCGAUCGCACUUUGCCAGCUCAACAAGGCUUCCAGCUUUUCCUAGCCACAAGAAAGGACAAAUUGGAGGAUAUCCCAAAGGAAGCCGAUGCUGUAUUGUGUGAGAUCACUCUCGGCACUGGUACGAAGAGCUUAGCGGAGAGAUUUGUGGAGAAGUUUUUGUUAAACGAAACACCGGAGUUGGAGGCACAAAGAAGAGAAGCUUUGGAAAGGGAAGAAAGAUUGUCCGGAGAACGAGACGCGGCCAGGCUGGAACUAUUACACCAAUUAGCGACAGCCAGAGGCCAGGAUCUGUUGCAAGAAUCUUAUGAACAAGGAGGGCUCUUAUCUUCAUUAGAGGCAACACAAUCCAAGGCAAAAGAAAUUGCUACCGCCCUCGAGGAAAGCAGACAAAGUUUAAACGAAGUUUUGAAGCGAGCUAAAAAGCACGAAAAGUUUGCGCAAUUUGCAGCUGACGUUUACGAGACUAUUAAGGGAUUGACAUUCCUCAGUCCUCUGUACGUCAUCUCCACAGAAGUCUAUAUGGACAUCUGCCUGAAAGCAGUGCAGGGUGAUAAUAACUUCGUGGUUGAUAAAGAGAAAGGAGAGUCGCGCAGCCUGAUUGAGAAACGGUUGAUAACUCUGACGUUCCACCAUUGCGCAAAGGCGGUCUACAGAAAGCAUAGACUUCCUCUGGCGUUGCACAUGGCGUUAUCGUUAAAUCCAGUGUCAGACGUCGAGCGAAAUCUCCUGUUCGAUAAUGGAGCGAUCGGAAACACCGAUAAAUUGGCCUUCGAAUUGCCCGAUUGGAUACCGGAUGAACGACGCGAAGCUGUGCGAGCUUUAGGUUCCUCUCUACCUGAUGUGACUGCUAAGAUGAAACCUUCUUGGUUAAAGGACAUUUCUAACAUUUAUGCGGACGAUGAACUUAGUACUUUUCAGAAAGUUUUAGUUGUGAAAGCCCUUCGACCUGAUUAUUUACAUUCCGCUCUUUCCAAAUUGACUGCGAAGCAAUUAGGUGUGAAGGAUUUGGCUCCACCUCUGUGGACGUUGAAUUCGAUUGCCCAAGAAAAAGAAGGAUCGUAUCCUGUGCUGUUACUUUUAUCACCGGGAACGGAUCCCGGUCCCGAGCUUAACACAUUAGCCGCGAAACAUGCUUCCAUUGGAUUUACCGAGGUUUCCUUGGGUCAGGGACACAUAACUCAAGCCGAAUUGGCGUUGGAAACCGCGUGCAGAAACGGCAGUUGGGUAUUAUUGAGUAAUCUGCAACUUGCUUUGAACUGGUUACCGCGACUGGAGAGCUUGCUUCGUUCGUCAAUGUGCACCACGAACAAGAAUCCUUCCACGAGGAUCUGGUUAACUACCGAGGAGACCUCCGGGUUUUACCCGGGCUUAGCAGGACUCUGUCUGAAACUCGCGUAUGAACCUCCCGAAGGAGUGAAGAGAAACAUGAAGAAGUCGCUUCAGCAGCUUCAGCAAUCGCAGCGUAACGAUGACAGCACGGCUGCCGUAUUAGUGCUCGCCUGGUUACACGCGAUUCUGCAAGAACGACGAAAUUUCGUUCCUCAGGGCUGGAUCAGGUCGUACGAGUGGAACGAGUCAGAUCUCGAGGCCGCCUACGAGUUGGUGGUGAAAGAGAUGACAAGGGAGAAGCGAUCGCAGCAAGGGGAUUGGCAGAUUGGAAGGGGUUUACUCGACGUUGCGGUUUACGGUGGGCGACUACAGGAUGACUAUGAUGCAAGAGCGUUGCGCUCGAUGAUACGCGAGACGUGGUCCAAGGAUAUCUUCGAGGGUCGCCGGAAGCUGGGAGACGUGUUAAAGGUAACUGACGUGAUCCUCAACGAUCCGACGAAGUCGCUGGAAAGUUUGAACGAUUCCGAUUCACCGAAAGAGUACUUUGGUCUCCCUGCCAAUGCUCACAGAGCAUGGGAAAGGGCUGCUGCGGAGAAAGCCUUGAUAUAUUUCAAAGGUAUCUUAAUAAAGCCAUUCAGCAAUGAUGACGAGAAUAGCAAUAAAGUGGAGAAAUCAAAGGUUCAAGAAGAUCUAAAAAUAAUUAUAGAUCAACAAUGUUCAACGACAUUCACGUGUGAUACUGAUACCAAACAGAAAAGAGAUCCUUUGCAGGACUUUUUCAUAGAUGAGGUUAAACUCACCAGAAAAUUAUUAAAUAUUGUACGUGCGGAUAUGGAAGUAUCAUCCUUCAACGAUAAUGAAACUCCCAAGCACUGGCUCGCAGAAUGGCGAACAGGCCCGAGGAACGCCAUUCAAUUCGCGAAGGCACUCUUGUCCAAGUACGAAGUGCUAAAGUCCUCAGUGAUGAGCACACCUCGACGAAUCGAUUUGUCUCAAUUAUCUCGACCACGUGCGCUUCUGACUGCACUCAAACAGUACACCGCACGAGAGCUCGGUUACCCAUUAGAGACACUUAAUCUUUGCGCUAAUUGGACCGAGACUCGCAUUAAUAAAGGGUGGAAGAUAUCGCUUCAGCUGGAAGGUUUACUUAUAUCAGGAGCCUCAAUCGCAGAUGGAGCCUUAAAGGACUUGGAUGUAAAUUCGGCAGCGGUCGCGGUCGCCCCGCUGUGCCAAGUUGCAUUCGCACCCGAGGAACAUCCAGAAGAGAAAUCCGGCGGCGACAGCUACGGAGUCCUCGAGGACGCGUGUCGGCAGAAUUAUCUGAGCAUACCAGUUUACACGAGUGCUCAACGAGAGGCACUAAUCUGCUCGUUACCGAUCACGUGCAUGAAAGAAGAACGCGACGCAUGGUUGCGACGUGGCGUCAUCCUAUACCUCAGAUAAACAGAUUCAAGUAUUGUAAUUAUCUCCUCGAUUACGAAUACAAUAAUGAGAGUGCAUGACUUUUAUCGCGGAUCUGCAACUUUAAAUAACAAAUGCAAAAACGCAAGGAGGAAGACUCGUAGAGCUAGUCUGUAGCGCGGAUCAUACUAUUUUAUAAUGCGCUUAUUAUUAUUAAAAAUAUAUAGAGGUAUGUAGGAGAUUUAUUGGAAGGUAAUAGUGUAUAAAGUGUAUGCUGCAUCACGUGCGUGAGUAUGUGAGUCUGAUCAAUCGAUUUUUAAAUCGAAUAGUCUCUAGUCAGUUUUGCUGCUGCGUGUGUGUGUGAGACAUCUCAGGAACAAUCCGAUGUAACUUCAUAGUUUGUUCUGUUUAAUAGAUUUAAAAUUACAGAUAAUACAGCGAUAUCAGUUAUUAAUAAAAUAAAAUGGUCAUUGGUUGGUCCGCCCAAGCCUAUCUCACUACUUAAAGAUUCACGCUGUUCACGAUGGUUACCGCAUCGCGCGGUACGCGCGGAUCGCAUACUGACGAAUGUAUCGACGUUUACACGUAGCUGUAUUUGUUUGUAGCUUGUAGAAAAUAAAAUCUACGUAUCAUUGUA